AUGAAUGAUUCUAGGCAGCAAUCCUUGUUCUUCAUCACAUCUCCAGAUUUACACAAACUCUGUGUUGUAAGGAUAAUAUUGAGUAACGAGGUGGCAGAUCCCGAGAUUAGGAGCACACAGAUGAAGAUGUGCAGACAAUUGCUGUUUUUGCACCAAGAUAUUCUUACAUCACCUGUGCCUGGAAUACAAAGCCAAAUUUGGGUAGUGAUGGCGAUACCAUUUUAUAAAGCUGGAAAACUUAAUACCUAUGUUGAAAAACACGGAGCUAAAGUGGAGGCUCCACAAAGAGUAAUUCCUGUAAUUCUUCAAAACUGCCUCUCAUAUUCACUCAUGGCUAGACUUGCUCCAGCCUGGAAUAAAACUGGCCAUCUCUUGGUGCAAGGACAAGAAUUUCUUUCUCAGAUGGGAAAGCAAAGUGCUGUUGUAUUAGACAUCAACGUAACUGAAACUCAAGUUUGUCUAAGUAUAGAAGCAUACACAAUCAGACUGCCGCCACCUGAGCUAAGAGAAUUUGAUAUUUCUCAGAGUGUUAUAAAGGAUUUUGAUACUAACAAGAAUGCUGUCAUUGAAGAACAUUCCAUUUUAAACAACUGGUGCUACGUUUUGCCAAGUAUGAAACGGGGACAAAUAAUAAAUAUUCUUCACACCAUACCCCCUGACUGUCCUUUUCACUCAUAUGAAGAUUUCCAGAUGCACUGGGAUGACCUGUACGGCUAUAAACUUCCAGAAGAUUGUGGAAAUAGUAAAAUAUACUGCAGCAUCUACUUCAAAAUGAUAGGAGAAAGGACCUUCACAUACCCUCUCAGCUGCAUCAGAAGUCAGCCCGUACAGUUCUUUCCAAGGGUAGAUUUGGAAGGCGUGUUGAAAAGUUUCCUUUCAGAUUUAAAAUCUAAACUGCCUCAUAUAUGUGGCUUUCCCAUAAAGAUGACAACGAAGCCAUGCUACUACACACAAGAACUAAUGAGUCCUCGUGUGCAGGAAAACAAAGUCAAGACACCUAAUCUGACCACUAAACAAAUGUUCAGGUCCUCUCUGACUUGGGUCCCCUGCACCAGGCCUGUCCUGGCUCAGUGUCUUCUACCAGGUUCAGUAGCCAUGGACCACAAGAGAGAACUUCUGGGCAGCCAGCUGAAGACGCCCUGGGUGUCCUCAGCACCACACCGUCGGCAGCAGUCUGUUCAGAGCAGAAAGAAACCCCUCUCUGACAAGGCCCCACAGGCACAUCUGGAAGCACCAAAGUCCGACACAGGAAACCUUCAAGUUCAAGGCGCAGACUUUAGCUCCCAGAAUAAUACUGCCCCUAAAUUCAUACCAGUUUUUAAAACUCGAUCCAUACAGAUGAACAAAAAGAUCUUAGAACCUGGCAACCUGAAAAGGGAAGAGCAUGUUGUUACUGAAUCUAAAUGCUUCUCACUUAAAACUAGUGUGAUCCAAAAUGACAAGCUGAAUGUAGAUCCAGCUAUUAAAAAAAGAUCUAAUCGUAACAUUCAGAUGAAUGCUAGAAAUUUAAAUCAGAAGAUUUCAAGACUUCUUCAAGAAAAAAUUACUGAGUCCUGUCAAAAUAUGACAAAAUAUCCCCCUUUGGAUGGAGAAUCACCAACUGUGAGUUUAAAUGAAAGUAAACACAUCUCAAAUAGUUCAGUAUCUCAUAUAUCAAAUAAGAGUUUAGGUGUAAUAAAAAGUGCUGUUGACUUCCAAGUGAGUAGAAGAGAAAAUUUAACAAGGAAAUAUAUAACACAAAUUUUAGUGAAGGGCCACGAGUCACUAAAAAUGAAAAAACAACCACACAUCUUUGAAUCAGACACAGAAACAGAAGAUCCCCAACUACCACAGCCACAAUCAAUAAAUCAGACUAUAAAAGCUGAUGUGAGUGACCACAAAUUGAUGAUGGUAAGCGAAACAGCCCACAGGUCUAAAAGAAGACUCUGUCAAGAAUCUUCAAAAGCUUCAAAGAGACCUCAUUCCAACACUAUCCAUCAUGGACAGUCCAGUUUUCCUAAGAGUAAGAUGCGUGUUGCGGACAGAUCAAAAGCUCAGAAAUCUCUCGUCAUUCCUAAAACCCGGAACGUGGAUAUGAAGGAAGGACAUGUCCACCAGAGAUAGCCCUCCGAACGUGGAUGGACAUUCACAGACACCUGUCAACAGGAAAUCGGGCCUCAUGCACUGCUGUGGGAGCUCCUUUAUCACUGGACAAUCGUUAUCCUCACGGGUGCCCAGGAUUCAUUCUGUAGCGCGGGGGUGUUACUAUAUUAACGGUCCCUACUGGCUGACAUUUAAGUUGUUGCCAGCUUUCCACUGUGGUGACAAUAUUGUAUAAACUAUUUUGUAAAAGAUA